CUGAAGAAGACAGGAUAGCAGCAGAGCAAGAAAAGAUGGCUGCGAAAAUUGCAGCACUAAAAAAAGCAACUUAUGAGAAAAGUAAAACAUGGGAUACUAAAAUUGAAAAUAUUAAGGCGAGGCGAAAGGAAGAAUUAUUGUCGAAGAGACAAAAGGCUGAGGAAGAGAGGAAGAUGUUCGUGAAGGAAACAGCGGAGAAAAAGGCAAUGGAGCGUGCGGAAGUGGUGCAACAGGCAAGAAAGUUGCUUCUACAGAAGAAACCUAUGUGUCGGCAAAUUAAUCGCUCUCUCUUCGCCUCCGAGUGUCUCAGAGAGCUGGAUGAGCAAGUGGCGUUUCAAAAGACCAUUAGAGAGAUGGAUAAAGAGCAGGAUGCGGAAUAUGCUAAUACGAUUAAGACAAACGUUGCGAAAUACGAAGAACAGAAGAAGCAGGAAGCAGAAGAACGAGCAAAGAAGAUAAAGGAUUACAAAACGGAAUUACAGAAACAGAUCGAAGAGAACGAACGGAACAACAAGCUAAAAGUAAAAGAGGAAUUGGAGACUGAAAAACAAAAUCAAAGAAAUAUGACACGAAAUAUGCAACUUAUGAAGGAGAAGGAAAUGCAAGAUAUAUUGAACAAAAAGAAGAAACUACAGCAAUUUUUUAAGGAAGCGAUAGAGGAGAAAAAACGAUUCGAGCUGGAAUUGAAGAAUGACGAAGAAUUCGAAGAUCGAGCGUUGGAGAUCUAUCGGAAGGCUAAAGAUCGAAUACAGGAAAUUCAUAAAUCAACAGUACUGCGAGAAAAGGAAGAAAAAAUACGCCAAGCGCAGAUUAUAGCGGAACAAUGUGGCGUGGUUGAGCAUUCUUAUGAGAUUAAAGAGCGAGAAAUAUUUGAGAAAGCUGUGAAAGAGAAAGAAGAGAUUGAAGCGGAAAAACAGAAAGCACAAAAGGAACGAGAGGAAACAAUGCGUGCUCUCAUGGAAGAGUAUAAGCUUCAAGAUGCAGCUGCAAGGAUCAAACAAAGACAGGAAAAGAAGGAUUUGAAAGCUUGGGAGAUGAUGCAGAGAUUUAAGAAAGAUGAGUAUGACAAGCAAACCAAUUUGGAGGAGCGUAAACGGCAAUGGCAACAGAAACUGGAGUACGGAAAAGAACUGCGGAAAGAUGCUGAGGAGAAACAGAUUGAAAGACAACGUGAAAAAGAUUUCGAAAUCGAAGCUAUGAAAACCACAAUCGAGAAGACUAAUCAGAGGAUUCUUCUUUACGCUGAUGAAGUUUUAGAAGAAUCGAAAGGCGUGAGGCCGCUUUAUCCGAUUAUUAAAGCCAUAAAAAAGUGUAAAGAGGAAAUGGGGUUAACACCAUUAAGAAACGUCGAAGAGACUGUCAGAGUAGAGCGGCCGAAGAGAAAACACGGAGUCCGUCGUGUUGGCACAAAACCUGUUCCGGCCGAACAAAUAUAUUACUUGUAGUAGCUGUCCGUAAUUAUUACGCGGUUUAUAUUUGUUCGUACACAUUCUAUCAUUUGUCAAAAUAAUGUAUUCAAAUCACUUUCGCAUUGUAUCAACCUAUCGUCCGUUUCUAUCGUAACUCAUAUAAAGAUCUUGUACGAACAAAGAUAGCAAUAUUGCAAACAAUUAAUCAACUCGCGAAAGUUUGAGCACUCUCACAGUUUUUUAUUGUUGCGAUAUAUAUACAUCUAAUAUAAAAUAGUUUCUUAUAGAAACA